AUGACUGAGGCGCUUUCCUUCUCCCGCGGCCAGCAGCUCGAAGCAGCGGUCGAGCACUUACCCGACUGGUACUUUGCCACGCUCGAACAACAGCCACCUCCCUCACCAUCCGCUCCAAUCAAACGAGCCACGACUACGACGACCACCACUCUCGACGACGUCGACGAUGAUGAUGCUAUCAAUGCCGUCCACGCGACGCUCAAGUCCGUCUGCGAGACGGACGACAAGCCUCAACCACUGGACGAGGACGACGUGGGCGGUCUGCCCCAAGAACCGUCGUCCAAUGCCACGAUCUGCUGCCUCGACGACGAGCUCGAGCUCAAUGAACUCACACUCGAGGACGAGUCCGACGUAACGUCCGACAAAGAACUCCAGCAGCAGCAGCAGCAGCUCCAGAUUCGAGAGGCAGAGCUCGGGCAGUCGACAGCGUCUGGUCCCCAGUCAUCCGUCGAGCCGUUAACGGACCUCGUGCUCUCGGGCUUUUCCAUGCGGGGGAGGGAGAAGCGCGUCAUGUACCACAUUGACGUAGUGGACCACGACGCCCCUUUGCAAACCUACACCAUUCGUCGGAGCUAUUCGGACUUUAAAGAGCUCUACGUCCAGUUAUGCGACAUCCUCGAGAAUCGACAAAGUUAUUACCGUCAUCGAGCCAGUUCGAGACUUGCACGGGGGGCGACUCCCGGAUCUACGGAAGGGCCGCAGCCCGUGAGGAGGAUGACGCAAGAGGACACACUCGAGCGCUCGAUACUGGCGUUCAGCUUGCCCCCUUUGCCCCACGCUGGCUUUCUCACAUACUGGAAGCGGCACGAUCGAUCCCACGUGCAAUCGCGAUGCGACCGCUUCCAAGAGCUCUUGCGUGCCGUGCAAAGCAUGGCGUUUCUGCGCGAUUCGUUUGCCAUGCGAGCGUUUUUGAGUGUCGCCCCGUGUGCGAUUCGAGAUCGGGGAUCGUCCUACGUCUCGCUUUGUGAAUAUGGCGUGCCGACGUUGAACCCGGAGGAAGAGCAGCGAGAGCGGAAGCGACGGGCACAAGAGUAUCGUCGCAAUAGCACUGCUAGUAACCAGUCGACACGUAUUGUCGAGUAUUAA